CGGAGCCUGGCGCGCGGCCGGGAGCGAUGGCGGCGCCGCGGCCGCUGCGCUUGCUGAGCCACGGAGGGCGGCGGUUCCUUUGCUUCUGCCGGGACGGAGACGCCUCUCCGCGGCUGCAGCUGACCGAUGCUUGGGAGUUCUGGAGCUGCAGCGUCCCUCCGGAGAAGCUGCACGGACAGGAGGAGCCCGCCUCGCCCGCCGGCCGCCUCGCCAGACUGCGGGAACUCUUGCAGGGCCAGGAGCCCGUCCUCACUCUCCAUGACACCAAGGCCACGCUGCAGGUCCAGGACGGUGGGCAGAGCGUGACCUUCGACCUGGACAAAGCCUCACUCCCCGAGGCCAGGAGGCAGGUGCAGGAGCUCACCUUCGGCCUGGUGGAGCAGCUGCAGGCGCUGGACAAGCGCCUGGAAGAAGGCACAGCGGCUGCCCCCUCCGUGGCCCUCAGAAGCCCCCGAAAGGUCUCAGCAAGCCAGAGUCUCUUGGGAACAGAAUUCUGUCCGCGGAAGCCCAGAGGAGGAGGGGCCGGUCCGAGCAAGCGGCGGCUGCCUGGGGAGUCCCUCAUUAACCCUGGAUUCAGAAGCAAGAAGACCCCGACGGGGGUGGACUUCGAAGACGCCUGAACCGUUUUCCAAAUCAAAUGGGAAAGAACUACUUCAGCAUGGAGAUUUUUAACAUUAUUUAAGGCUUAAAACUACACCAAGUAUAUUUUUAUAUGUAUUAUAAUAGAAAGGAGGAGACAAUAAAAUGCUUGAUUUUA